AUGAAAAACGCUUCCAAUGUUUUCAUCUUCGUCUUCCUCGUACUAAUCUGCACAUUCAUCUUCAAGAAACUGCUCCAAAUGUUUCCGCAGUCAAAGGUCCUAAACUGUGUUGUUUCAGUAGCAGCACAGCUAAAAUGGGGUUGGGAUUGCCUCCUCUUCCAAUCUUUAUGCCAAUUUCCCAACAAAUUCAACGUCGUCGCCGGAAUAAUGUCACCGGAAAAUGGUGCCUCGGAGGUGGGAGUAAGGGUUUUUGAGGGUGAAUGUGCAGUUUGUCUGUGCAAGAUAGAUGAAGGAGAAGAGGUUAGAGAUUUGAAGUGUAAGCAUAUUUUCCACAGGGCUUGUUUGGAUAGGUGGCUAGGCACUGGGCGCAUCACUUGUCCGCUCUGCAGAACUCACGUCAAGCCACCCAGUCGGCGUUUCCAAGAUGAUCUUCAUCAUCAAGAGGUUAUCGUCUUCGAUUUCUGCUCUCGUCGUCGAGAUAGAUGCACAUGGUGGUUAAGAUGA